AUGUUCCCCUCCAUGAUCACAUUCCCAUCGCCAAAUACAAAGAGAGAAAAAGAAAGAAAAAACUAAGCCCCCCUCCAUGAUCACAUUCCUAUAACCAAAUACAGAGAAAAAUAUUAAGGGAUUGUGAAGAUGUUGCAGAGAGCAGCUAAUAAUUCAUAUUCAUGGUGGUGGGCUAGUCACAUCAGAACAAAGCAGUCCAAAUGGAUGGAGCAAAGCCUUCAAGAUAUGGAGGAAAGGGUGAAGAUUAUUCUUAAGCUGAUCGAAGAAGAUGGGGACUCGUUUGCGAGGAGAGCCGAAAUGUACUACAAAAAGAGGCCCGAGUUGAUCAAUUUUGUCGAAGAAUCUUAUAGGGCUUAUCGAGCCUUAGCCGAAAGAUAUAAUCACUUGUCGACGGAGCUCCAAAAUGCAAACAACACCAUCGCUUCCAUUUUCCCAGAGCAGUUCCAGUUUGCCAUGGAGAAUGAAGACGAUUCUGGAUCACCGAAGUCCACAAAGAAGUCGUGGGAGAUAUCGAAAGGCGGCUAUAUGCCUUGCCUCCUCGAGAACUCGAAAGGCAGCCAUAUGCCUUAUGUCAUCGAGAACUCGAAAGCCUUUGUUUCGCAUGUCGUGGAGAACCCAAAAGGCGAUGUCCCCACCGUUCACAAGGGUCCAAAGCCUAGUGUUGGAGAUGUGAAGGGCUUGGCAGCAUCAGGCGUCAAGAGAAAGCAACAAAAGAUAAUAUCACCAAAUGGGAGUAUUCGUUGGAUUCCGAAAUCUGGUUUGAGUAUACCUGAAGGACUUGAUGAGAUUCAUAGGCUUCAGAAAUGGAUCCUCAAGUUGCAGACCGAGAAAGAGUUCGCUCGAAGCACGCAUGAGUGUGCGAUGGUGAAGUACUGGGAAUUAGAUAAUGAGAUUCAAGAGAUUCAUGAUCAACUUUGUAGUUUGGAAGACGAGUUUGGUGAAGGUCAGGCGAUCGCAGAUGAUGAGGCUCGAAUCGUGAUGGAAGUGACUGCUUUGAAAUCUUGCAGAGAUACAUUGGCUCAACUGGAGGACAAACAGGUGAGAUACUUCAAGGAAGCUCAAGUUGAGAAGAAAAGGAUUGUUGUUUCGAGGAAAAAAUUGGAUGCCUUGAAGAAGAAGUUACAGCUCAAUCAAGAAGAGUUCAAAAGAUCAGAACAAGAAACGGGUGACAAUGAUGAUGUCCAAAAGAGGAAGGAAAUAGAAUCUCUGAGGGAAAAGAUCAAGCAACAGUUUGAGCUUUUCUUCAGUGGAUCUUUGAGUGUGACAGAGAUGGCAGAGAAGAUCGAUGAACUUGUGAACAAUGUGAUCAACUUAAAAAGUGCGGUCGCAUCUCAGUCGCUUCUUGUCGUGAGACUACGAACCGAGAUCGAUAUGCUUCUAUCUCAGAUCGAGGUGUUGGAAGAUGUUAAGGACACAUUGAUUGAUGGGAAAAUUGAUGUGAAGAAGAAGAUAAGGGAAAUGGAGGAGAAGUUGAAUGAGAUUCAGGAAUUGAGCCAUAGUUUUGAAGUUCAAAACAAGAGUCUCCAAACACAUUUCACCGAAGCACAUUGUAGCCUAGAUCACCUUUCCGAAAAAGUUCUUAGUAUCAAAGAGAAGUUCGAAAAAGAGCACAGCUCAUCCAUGGCAGUCGAAUCAUCAACUGAGAAGGCGAUCAAAGGUGGUGAAAAGAAGUUGAAGAUGGUAAAAACAAGCAUGGAGCUUAAAGACAAUUCUCCAGCAAACGUUGAAUCCAAAAAAGUGUAUGCAGAAGAAGAAAACAGUAAUGGAAGCAAAGAUCUGCAGGCUGCAAAACCAGGGAUUGUCAUGGAGUCAACUUCAUUACCAAAAGAGUCACAAGAGACGGGAGAAAAACUCGAUCACAAUGUCAGCGUUACGAACUGCAGCGAUGCUAAAUUAGAAGGGAAUGACAACGACAGCCUCGACAUGAUAGAGCAUGAAUCUAUUGCUACUUCUACAAAUGGAGGGGAUAUUAGCCAUGAAAAUUCGAAGCCUUCCAAAAAACGUGAAGACCUCAAAGCAGCGAGUAACGUUGAGGCAGGAGCUUUCUUGCGGGGAGCGAACAACAUCGACAAACUCGGAUUGACAGAACUUGAAACGAAAGACAAAGAGAAGGAUUUGUUGAUGGAAUACAGUAUAAUGCUUCGGAAUAAGGAUACGGAGAAGAAGCUCAAGGAAGCCAAAGCAAAUAACCAGGAUGGGAAGCCUGAGAUAAUGGUGCAGUUGAAAGAACUUAAUAAGAGUAAUGCCAUUAAAGAUGAAUUGAUUCGAUCCUUACAAGAGAAACUAAGCCUUCUCCAAACAGGCCUUGGAGAAAACAACAAUGCAGAUCAAAAUGUUGAACCAAAAACAAUGAUUUCUGAGAAAAUAGUAAUUAUUGAAACUCAGGAUCCAGAGAAACAAGUAAAAGAAGAUUUUGAUUCGAUGAUAGACAUCGAAAAGUUCGGAACUACCUCAGAAAUCGAAAACAAGUUCCGGGCCGACAUCGAUGAACUGCUGGAAGAGAACUUGGAUUUCUGGUGCAGAUUCAGCUCUACAUUCCAAGAGGUAAACAUGUUUAGAACUCGAGUGAAAGAUUUAUCGGAGGAGGUUUCGAAGAUCGAGGCAAAACGAAAGCAAGACCGAAGUAUCAGUUCGGAAGAUUCAGUGCAAUCCGAAGUGAAACUAUUGUCCGAACAUCUGAGACAAGUGCACGAUGAACUGACUGUCUGGACGGAGAAAGGCGAAUCGCUAAGAGAAGAACUGAAGCAGCGCUUCUCGUCUUUGUGCGAGCUUCAAGAAGAAAUAACAAUGGCCUUGAAAGCAAGUGCCGAAGAUGAUGAAUUCACGUUCACAAGUGACCAAGCAGCAAGAUUCCAGGGCGAGAUCCAGAACAUGAAACAAGAGAACAUCAGAGUUGCAAAUGAACUGGAAGCUGGUUUGGACAAUGUAGCAAGACUGCAGCUUGAAAUUAGGAGGAACCUGGCAAAGUUGAGUGGAGACGGGGGACUUUCCGGCUCUUACAAGUGUCGAAGUGGCGGCCGAGUGCGACGCUCCGACAGUGAUUCCGGAAAGGUUCCUCUUAGCGCAUUCAUCUUCGGCGGCAAAUCCAAGAAGCAAAAGUCCUCGAUUUUGCGUCGGAUGAAUACUCGGAUGACCACUGUUUUACUAAGAUCGGUGCAUAGUAGCAAAUUCUAGCAUUAAGUAAUCUCAUCACUUGGUUGUUUCA